AUGACUAAAAAUAGCAAAACCAUCAACCACUCACCUGCAGAUUCUCUUCCAACCUCGAUCCAAAAUAUUAUAAAACAAAAACACAAAGCGAGAAGAAUCUGGCAAAACACCAGAAACCCUGCCGUCAAACGAAGACUCAACCAACUCACCAGAAGAGUUAAAUGGGAACUGGACAACCUUAGAUACAACUCAUAUAGAGCAUACCUUAACAAAAUAAACCCUAAUGACUCGAGUCUCUGGCUAGCGACCAAACGUCUACUUAAGCAACAAGACGUAAUUCCCCCUCUGAAAAACGGACCAGCCAAAUUCGAAACAAAUGCCGAAAAGUCUUCGAAAACCAUUUCGCAUCCUGUUUUACCCCCGUAG